CAACGGUGGCCUCACCUGUGAUGAUUCUGUAUAUCGCUCUGUCUAACCAAAAGCUGAACCUAAUUACCGCCGUUUUUCUCGACAGUUUGCAUGACAAGGAGUUGUAUUCAUUUGUUUCCGAUGUAUAAAUUAUGCAAACGUUUGGGUCAUUCUCUUGACAACCGGCAAAGUGAUUUAUAGGCUAAACUCUGGGGGAGCGCGAGCUCGCUAUUAUCCAAAGUUGAUUGAAGCACCACAUGCAAAUCAUCAUUACGUUGGAUUUACUUUAUUUUACUACGAAGGUCCUAUCCCUCUAAGUGUUGACAGAUAUCCGCUGAUCUAGUGGGCCAAAGCCGUGGUGCUGUCAGUAGUGUCGCCUGCUCUCCUGGACAGUCUCUGCUCAACGGCGGUGGGGUGAUGAGGUCGCUGUGGAGCUUGGGCCUUGCUUUCCUCUUGGCCUUGACCACCAGGGCCAGAGGACUCGAUAUCCCCCUGGAAGUGGAGCAGCUACCGACCAUAACAGUGCAGACCGCUGGCCCCGUCAUUGCCUUACCCUUUGAAGACAGUUUUUCCAUGAGAUGUGAAGCCAAAGGCAACCCACAACCAGUAUACAGAUGGACAAAAGAUGGCCAGGCCAUAGAUCCCCUCCUCGACUUGGGGGUCAAAAAAGAGAGAAACAAUGGGAGUUUUGUGAUUCAUAGCGGGCGCCUUGCGCAGUUCCAGGGGAGGUAUCAGUGCUACGCUUCAAACAAUCUGGGAACAGCAGUAUCAGAGGAAAUUGAACUCAUUGUACCAAGUACCCCAAAGUUCCCCAAAGAGAAGAUUGACCCAAUCGUUGUUAAAGAGGGCCAGCCUGUGAUUCUGGAAUGCAAUCCACCACAGGGGAUCCCUCCACGAAAGAUCUACUGGAUGACUAUUGGUCUCCAACAUAUUGAGCAGGAUGAGAGGGUGUCCAUGGGCCAUGACGGCAACCUCUACUUCUCCAACGCCCUGGAGAAGGAUAGCCGGAGAGACUAUUGCUGCUUCGCCGCAUUCUCCGCCAUACGGACCAUCGUUCGGAAGACAGCCAUGUCAGUGGUCGUCAAGAGCUCCUAUGCCAUUCCAGAAAGAAGACCGAGCCUUCUGGUACCCUCUGGUGUUCAGUCAGAUGUAUGGCUGGUGAAAGGAGAGGAGCUGGUGCUAGAGUGUAUAGCAGAGGGAUUUCCAACUCCUGUGAUCGAAUGGACAAAAAGGAGAGAGAAGCUACCGAAACGGGCAAAUAUAAAAAACUAUGGGAAACGUUUAUCCAUAUAUAACAUUGAAGAGGAGGAUGAUGGGAAGUACAUGUGUGAGGCGAGGAACUCUGUCGGAGACACAGUCCACUACUUCAAUGUCAUUGUGGAGGAGCCACCAAGAUGGCAGCCGGAGCCACCCAAGGGCCAGUUGGCUGUUGUUGGCUCUGACGUGCACAUCAAGUGCUCUGCCUCGGGAAAGCCACGGCCGGUUAUCUCAUGGAGGAAGAACGGACAGCCUCUGGACGAUGGCCCGUCAUCGAACAGACAAGUGCUUGAUGACACCAUAGUGUUGCACAGGGCCAGGCCUGAGGACAGUGCCGUCUACCAGUGUGAAGUCUCCAACAGACAUGGCACCAUCCUGGCUAAUGCAAACAUCAUGAUCAUAAAUCUCCCACCUCGGAUGCUGACUAAGGAUUACCAGCGAUAUUCAGUAGUGCAAGGGAAGGACAUCAUCAUGGACUGCAAAGUAUUCAGCUCCCCUCCAUCCACUGUUUCCUGGAACAAGGAUGACACUACGGAAUCUGUUGAGGGGGAACGAUUCUCAGUUUUUAAGAAUGGAUCCCUACAGAUCAACCAGGCAGGGAAAGAAGACAGUGGGGAAUAUGUAUGUUUCGCCACCAAUUCAGAGGGAAAAUCAGCCAUCACAGCCUUUUUGGACGUCAAAGAUCCUACCCAAAUCGUGGAGCCGCCGCAGGACCUGCACAUAUUAAGUGGCACCACAGCCCAGCUUACAUGCCAAGCAGAGUAUGAUAUAUCUCUUAGGAACGAGUUUCAGAUAGUCUGGAGCAAGGAUGGGGAAGAGAUACCCCCAUUCACAGAACAGUCCAGAUAUUUUCUGGAUGAUGGAAUGCUACAAAUUAUCAAUGUAAACCAAAGCGACAAGGGAACAUACACAUGUACCGCCAGAACCAAUCUAGACCAGGACACCGCCUCUGCACUUGUUACUGUACUGGAUGUCCCUGAUGCUCCAGAGGAUGUGGAGCUGUCUGAACAAAAGAGCUGGAGUGUCCGGUUGGCCUGGGUACCCGGUGACGACCACAACAGCUCUGCCACUGAGUUCAUAGUGGAGUACGAGGAGAGUCAGUGGGAUCCUGGGACCUGGCGAGAACUCCAGCGAGUCCCUGGCAACCAGGUCACAGCGGUGUUGACAUUACACGGCCACCUGAACUACCAGUUUAGAGUGUAUGCAGUUAAUGCCAUUGGGAAAGGGCCCCCAAGCAACCCCACAGACCGAUACAAAACCCCUCCUGCAGCUCCUGAUAAAAACCCAGAAAACAUCCAAAUUCAGGGUCAUCUGCCCCAUCAAAUGGAUAUCAGUUGGGAGCCACUAUUGCCUGUGGAGCACAAUGGUCCAGGCCUGGAGUACAAGUUGAGCUACAGGAAACUGGGGGUAGAAGAGAUCUGGAAAGAGCAUCUUGUCAAAAGACACGCCUUUGUCGUGACGAACACCCCCACAUUCGUCCCCUACGAGAUCAAGAUCCAGAGUCGCAACAGUCACGGCUGGGGCCCAGAACCCAAAGUAGUGACAGGGUACUCCGGGGAAGACUUGCCUACAGCUUCCCCACGGGACGUGGCAGUGGAGGUGUUGAACACCACCCUUCUCAGAGUCAGUUGGACGAGGGUUGCCCAGGCAACAUUGCGUGGUCAUCUGGGGGGCUACAAUGUGCACUGGCUGAGGAAACGGAGUCUCCUACAUUCCAACAGAAUUCCUGAGGAGAGACAUUUCCUGACGUUCCCGGGGAACAGGAGCCAUGCCAUGGUACCUGGCCUCAGACCCUUCUCGGAGUACAGACUGACCGUCAACGUCUUUAACAAAAGGGGCAACGGCCCCAAUAGUGACCCCGUCACCUUCCAGACUCCAGAAGGAGUUCCCGAACAAGUGCCCAUUCUGACAGUGUCAAACGCCCAGAGAGACUCUAUCACCCUGGUGUGGGCACCCCCCUUUGAGGCCAACGGCAUCCUUAUGGGAUAUCUCCUGCAGUACCAACUCAUAAAUGAGACGAUGGGGGAUAUGCAGGAGGUGAACGUCAGCAGUGCCGACACCACCCAGUGGUUCCUUCAGGGCCUGGGGGAGAUGAGCAAGUACAUGUUUUACUUGAGCGCCUGCACCAGGGUGGGUUGCGGACCCCAGCGCAUGGAGGAGGGUAGCACAGUCACAGAAGCAAAUUUCUCCUCCAUUCCAGCUGUGGCACCCACUGAGAGGAGGCAGAACUGCUCUCUCAUUCCUCCCAGCUCGAUUCCUAUGAAUGCAACUCCUUCCUCCUUAGGUGAAGGUAACUGGAGGAUUUCAGAAGCAGUAAACACUUCUAAGAAUUUCCAUUUGAUUGAAGGGCUGGAGCCUGGGACGGUGUACACUGUGCGUCUCUUGGCCAAGUCACGGCUCGAUAAUGCUAGUAUUUAUGAAGACGUUAUACAGACCAGGGUCAAAGGUUUGGCCAGUCUUCACUUGGGAGUUUCCACCCAGGGCUGGUUCAUCGGGAUGAUGUGCGCUGUGGCUCUCCUCACCCUCACCGUGCUCAUCGCAUGCUUCGUGACCCGCAACAAGGGUGGCAAAUACGCAGUAAAGGAAAAGGAGGAUCUCCACCCUGAAGUUGAGUCCCAGGGCAUGAAUGAUGACACAUUCUGUGAUUACAGUGACAGUGAGGAAAACCCACUGAAGGCUAGCCAAUGUUCCCUGGAUGGGGGCAUGGGAGGGGACAGCGACUAUGGGGACGAAGAAGAAUGCCAGUUCAACGAAGACGGCUCGUUUAUCGGUGAAUACUCUGGCCACAAAAACAGAGGCACUGUAAGAGAGUCCAAUGGACCCAGCCGGGUCACUGCGUGAAGAGACAAAUGCUUCCUUCGGACUUCCCUCUGAAAGGUAACCAUGGUUGACAGAGGAAGAACAAUGAUUCCAAGCACCAUCCUCCUUUUGAAGCUUCCAGUCUGUUAUUCGAACUCAAUCAGCAUGACAGAGUGAUCUCCAGCCUUGUCCUCGUCAACACUCACACCUGUGUUAACGAGAUAAUCACUGACAUGAUGUCAGCUGGUCCUUUUGUGGCAGGGCUGAAAUGCAGUGGAAAUGUUUUUUGGGGGAUUCAGUUCAUUUACAUGGCAAAGAGCGACUUUGCAAUAAUUGCAAUUCAUCUGAUCACUCUUCAUAACAUUCUGGAGUAUAUGCAAAUUGCCAUCAUACAAACUGAGGCAGCAGACUUUGUGAAAAUUAAUAUUUGUGUCAUUCUCAAAACUUUUGGCCACGACUGUAUUUACUCUGUUCCAUCUGACUGCUCAAUCCACUGUCUCGUCAGCCCUGCCAAGCAAUUUAUAAACUUGAUCUUCACUACAUUAUCUCACAUUUCCUUUAGACUAACAUUUUGUUUUCAACAGCGGAGAUUUGUAUAAACCUUGCUGUCUGACAUUUGCAACAUUUUCAAUAUUCAAAUUCUAUCUCCAGCUGUCUCAUAGUAAUGAACAUGUCGGGAGUCGGAACGAGACAAAGACAGUGAAAUCAUGAAUCAGCUGGCAUCAUUUGUAUGGAUAUAUACAAAGAAAUGUCAAUUGAAAAAAGGUCAAAGGAAACUAAGUGCAGCUAGUUAGCAGUCUUUCCAGUUUCAGUUUGAAGUGAUUGUGUUAGCUGUGUUGUUGGCUAGAUCCUCUGACCAACAGUGUCCUGAUGAGUGAACACAUUUAUCACAGGCAAAAUGAUGCCUCAUUAGCUCAUUGUUAUGGAUGUAUAUAAAUAUAUGUCACUAGAAAACACCUUAAACAAAUGCAAGCUACCUUGCUGUAAUUGUUGCUGCACUUUUUGACGUGACUGUAAGUUAGCCGUAGUUGGCUAGCUAGCAAGCAAGUGAUGAGAACAUUGCCAGCCACUAUGGCAAUGGAACAUUUGGAACUAAUGACUGGGUCGCGUCCAUAGAUACAGAACAAAAAGACUAAACUGGGUCUUGUCUCUGGCAACCGAACCGAUAGAACGACCAGCCGGCUUGGUUAGCAACCCUAGAUUGAAAGGGGCUAUUUCUAUGUGAAUUAAUGAGGCGAAACACACCUAAAUUCAAACUGUUGUUAGAAAGUAAAACUUAUUAGCAAAUAAUUAGAAAUUGAAACAUAGCCUAUAGAUAAUUAGCAGGCAGCGCGUGUUAACUGUCCUGUUGCGUAACGAUCACAUUUUGGAACAGUGAGUGCAUUCUGACAUCACCUGUAUAAAACGACUCACGCCGUCAGAGCUCACGUGUGAAAAGGUAAAAACAUUAUUGGCAUUGUUGAAAUCGAUUUUCAUAAAUAGUUAGCAAGCAAAUAUUUAGGAGGACUGAUGGCUUAAUUAGCUAGCAAGCUUGUUUGAUAGGUUACCAUGGCAACUAGUACAACCGUCUACUAAACUUGCAAGCAACUUCAGUUGAUGGUGAACACAUUAAUAGCAGCAAAUGUGUGUGUCUGUGGGGGGAGGGGGGGGGGGGUUAUAGCGUGGUAUAAGUGGGAUAAUCAACAACUCUGAGCUCUAUGCAUUCUAUGGAAAAUGAUGCAACUCGGUGGAAGGUUAGUGCCACUCCGCUACGCACCUUGGCACACACCUUCCACGUUGUGUAUUAUUUUCUAUAGACUGCAUAGCCCCUCGUUGAUUACCUUUACAUAAUUACUUGUGCCUACUUUUGUAUAUUUAAUUUUCACAAUGUUAAAAGUGUUUUUAAUUGUAUUUUUAAGUCAUCACUGUAUGUCUAAUACAUCACUGUGUUUGUUUAUUUCAUGAAAAUAACUCAAAAUAUAUUUUUUAUCAUUUAUUUCCCUGAGCCUCCUUUCGCCAUUGAAAUUCUCAGUCUGAUUGUUUGGGCGUUGAUACAAGUUAAAAUAUAUUUACCAUAAAUACACAGCCCUGAUUGUCGGAUAUAAUUGUCUAGACCCCUUCACUCAACUCUGGACCUCGAAGACAGUUCCACUGUGUUUUUUAAAUUGUUCUCUUAUAAAUCAGGGAUUGAUUUAGACCUGGGACACUAGGUGUGGGCAAUUAUCAGGUAGAACGUAAAACCAGCAGGCUCUGGAUCUCGUAGGGUAUGAGUUGAGUACCCCUGCUCUAGAGCCUACUCAGCUUACCCCUUCAAAGUAGGAGGAUUACGCAUGCAAAUAAAAGAUGACUGGUCAUUGGUCAGAAUAAUAAGAUCCGAUUGUGAUGCCAUGAUCUUGGUCAAAAACUCCAUCCCACCGGAACAGGCUGAAAUUCCAGACAUUCUUUUAAAAAAUCUGUUACAUCAUUUUCACAACCUUAUAGUGUUAUUUGACCUCACAGUGUGGAAAUAUCAGAAUAAGAGGAAAUCAAGUUUUUGAUGGCACUGCCCCUUUAAUACUUCACAACACUGUAUAUAUUGUAGAAAACAAAAGUUGGCUUUGUAUGCAAUGUGUGAAUGUUACUGUUGUUGAUUACAUUUUAUAAUGUUAAUACUGAUGUCUAAUGUGUUUUUGUAAAUGAUAAGAUCAAACAUAUUAAAGGUGUUUCCAUCCCUGCUCUGGAAAA